ACAUCCUAAAACCCGAUUUGCACAACGGUCCAGCAUCAAAGAUGGCGGGAGCCUCCGACCCGCUGGAGGACAUGCUCUUCACCGAGGUGGACGAGAAGGCGGUCAGCGACCUGGUGGGCUCUCUGGAGUCGCAGCUCGGAGACAGGAAAGCUUCCGCCGGUAACCGGGACGGAACGCCGCCGGCCGCCGGGCAGCUCUCCGGGAAAGCGCGCGACCGAGCGGGGUCUCCGGAGCCGCAACAAGGGCACCCCGGAGCGGGUUUAGACCCGGAACCCGGAGCGGACGAGCCGCUCUCCGGAAGAGUCCUCCCGUCCUCCGGGUCCGGGGUCCCCGCCGGAGCCGGUCCCCUGACAGCGGGAGCCCCCCCCGCCACUAACUCCUCGGUACUGGGACCCGUAACUUUGACCACCCGGUCCGCCGCAGCCAGCUUUCACCUGGCUCCGGGUCCCGUCACAGAGGCGGUCCGGACCGCUACUCCCGGACUACAAAGUUUGAACGGCGGCGCUGGAGCCGUAAAGUUGGUGAACUCUGUGCCUGCGGCGGCUCCGGGGACCGGCACGGUAAUAAGCACCGGGGUCUCCACGGUGGCGGCUCCGGCCGGCCACCUGCAGAGACACCCCAGUACAGUGGCCCAGAACGGAGUUGACCCCAAGGGUGCCCCCCCCAGCCCACAGGUGGUGAACCACAGCACCCCUCUGAUGCACCCCAAGGUGCUGGUGCCGAGCCAGCCCCAAGUCAUCCUGACCAGCACCCCCCCGGCCGCUGCAGCCCAGCCACACGUCGGCCAAACCGGGGCCAGUACGGCUGCCGUGACCCUGAAGCCAGCGGUGAACGGCGUGGGUCAGCCCCCCAUGGCCGUGAUGAGGCCCCCGGGGGCCCCCCUGGUGACCGCAUCCAUCCAGCAGCAGAGACCCGGACUUGUGGCGAGCGCCCCCCGAGCGGCGGCUCCUCAGCCCCCCCUGGCCGUCCGGCCCCAGCAGCAGACCACCAUCCAGCUGCCCCCCGGAUUCUCCAUGCCUCCAGGUAUGGUUCUGGUCCGGACUGAGACGGGUCAGCUGGUGAUGGUCCCUCAGCAGGUUCUGGCUCAGGCUCAGGCCAAGACCCAACAGGGUCAAGCGGUGGCCAACAUCAGCCAGAGGCCCGCCACACCGACCGCCGGGACCACCAUCCGGGUCAGCGCCGCCACGGCUCCUCAGACGGUUCGCCUGGCGUCCCCCGCUCAGACCAGAAUGGUUCAGCCUCCAUCCACCACGACCGUACAGAAGACCAUCACGGUGUCCCCCGGUGGAGCGGCGGUGUCUGUGAAGAUGCUCCCCCCUCAGAAGGCCCAGACGGUGAUCACGGCGGGGGGGGUGCCGGUGUCAAAGCCCGUCGGAGUACCGUCCACCCCCCCCUCCAUGCCGGCUGCCAGAGUCUCUGUGGUGUCCCAGGAGAUGCAGGAAAAUGUGAAGAAGUGUAAGAACUUCCUGGCGACGCUCAUCAAGCUGGCGUCUCACAACUCCCCCUCCCCCGACACCUCGAAGAAUGUGAAGGCCCUGGUGCAGGACCUGCUCGAUGCAAAGAUUGAACCUGAGGAGUUCACCAGUCGUCUGCAGGCUGAGCUGAAGUCCUCUCCACAGCCCUACCUCAUCCCCUUCCUCAAGAAAAGCCUCCCCGCUCUGCGUCAGUCUCUGCUCAGCAACCAGCAGUCUCUGGUGACCCCUGGUACCUCGGCCCCAAUCCCAAUGACCCCUCCCCCGAUGGCCCCCGGCUCCAUCGCCGCCAUCAGGCCGCGGCUGCCUAUCAGUCCAGCUGGCGUCAGACUGAACACGCCGAUCACCAACGCCAUGGCGGUGGGCCGAGCAGCAGUCCAGAGUCGAACACCUGCUGUCUUCAGCCAGACCCUCAGACCUCAAGGAACACUUGUCAGAGGACCCACAACUAUAAUCAAUAAAAGUCCUUUGAACUUGGCAGCGCAAGCCAAUCAGAGGAAGCUGAGCGACCCGGGGGGCGGGACAUUCAGAGAUGACGACGACAUCAACGACGUGGCGUCCAUGGCCGGAGUCAACCUCAACGAGGAAAACGCCCGCAUCCUCGCCACCAGCUCGGAGCUCGUGGGCACGAAGAUCCGCUCCUGUAAAGACGAAGCCUUCCUGCCCACCGGCCUGCUGCACCGCCGCAUCCUGGACACAGCUAAGAAGCUGGGGGUGAUGGAGGUUCCUCUGGAGGUGGUGAACCUGGUGUCUCAUGCCACUCAGUCCAGACUGCGCUCUCUGCUGGAGACGGUCUCGUCUGUCGCUCAGCACCGAGCAGACGGAGGGAAGGAUGAAGAGCACCAUGAUCAUACGUCAGACGUUCGCUCUCAGCUUCGUUUCUUUGAGCAUCUGGAGCGCAUGGAGAAACAAAGGAAGGACGAGCAGGAGAGAGAGAUCCUGCUGAAGGCUGCCAAGAGUCGAGCCAGACAAGAAGAUCCUGAACAAGCUCGUCUGAAGCAGAAAGCUAAAGAGAUGCAGCAGCAGGAGUUGGCUCAGAUGAGACAACGAGACGCCAACCUCACAGCGCUCGCCGCCAUUGGGCCACGCAGGAAACGCCGGCAGGACUCACCGGGAGGGUCGACGUCUGGACCCGAGGUGGCCUCGGGCUCGGGUUCCGGCUCCUCCCCUGUCUCCUCCUCACGCCAGCAGCUCCGUCAGCGGAUCACACGAGUCAACCUCAGGGACUUCAUCUUCUGCCUGGAGCAGGACCGCUCCACGGCUCGCUCUAUGAUGCUCUACAAGGCCCUGCUGAAAUGAUGGGAGUCCCCCCUGGAGGAGCCCUGGGCCCCCAGGAGGAGCACUGGGGCCCCAGGACCUCACUUCAACCUCAUGUCCUCCAAGGUGUCUCAUGUCACAAGUCAGUCCCAGGUGGUCUUGGUCUCCAGUCACACCAGAGGAGCUCAGCUCAGUGUCUUUAAGCAGCAUUCAUCUGAAAUGAUGACGUGACUCAAUAGAAACACAAACCUGUUUGAUGGAACGCUCAUUUUCUAUUUUAGUCUCCAGUCCGAUGUUUGUGAUUCCGGUUUCAACAUUGUGACCUGAACGCAGCGUCAGCGUGACGUCCUCGGAGCUACACCGGACCGGACUUCAACCCUGUUAGACCAGCUGGACCACAUUCCCCACGUUCCUUAAACCUGGCGCCUACGUUACCCACAAUGCACUGACAGUAGAUUGCAGAGGUCUGGUCAGCUCACUUCAUCGUGUCGUCUUCACCGGAGGACGUUUCUGAGACGCUAAAGAUUUAUACUCCAACAUCUCUGAUAUGAAUAUGUGAAGUGAGCCUGACGGCCCGACUCCGGGGGUCUGACUCCCUCAGGACCUCCGGCUCAGUUCACGAUCCAUCGGUCUCACACAGUUCAUCGCUUCAGAAGUGUGUGUGUGUGUGUGUGUGUGUGUGUGUGUGUGUGUGUGUGUGUGUGUGUGUGUGUGUGUGUGUGUGUGUGUGUGUGUGUGUGUGUGUGUGUGUGUGUGUGUGUGUGUGUGUGUGUGUGUGUGUGUGUGUGUGUGUGUGUGUGUGUGUGUGUGUGUGUGUGUGUGUGUGUGUGUGUGUACAGUUCAACAUUUAGAUAAAUCCUCAGCUUGGUUCCACUCAUGUCUGUCCAGCAGCUUAGUGUAGCUUAGCAUAAAGACUGUAAAUGGAGGGGAACAGCUAGCCUGGCUCUGACCCAUUCCCUCGGUGGUCAGCUUAUCAAACCUCCUCUAAAAGAUGCGUUGCAGCUGCUGGUGGGUGGAUCCAACUUGAUGCUAAGCUAAUAAGCCUUAAAUGUUGAACUGUCCCUUUAAGACUUUAAAGUAAAUCUUCACAGGGAGCUGGUUCUCCCACCGACAGUGAAAACUGACUCAGGCUACACGUUCAUGAAGCUAACUAUGACACUUCAGAUCAAACAUUCCUGCAGUAUCCUCCUCUUCAUCCUCCUCCUCUUCAUCAUCCCGCCUGACAUGUGAUUUUACUUUUAGUUCAACAUUAGAAUUGAAAUCUCGACCUUGUACUGUUGAACAUAUUCGUGUCUCGGUAGUUUAAAAUGCAGUUUUUAAGGACUUUUUGGAAAGUGUACAUUUCUGGUUUUUAACCCGCUAACUUUCAUCUGUAACGACACCAUUUUUGCGACUAUUUAUAUUUCCUACAUUCUCUAUUCAAUCCUGACGCAUUUCAGGCAAUGCAAUUUUACAGUUGUUUGUACCUUUGGAAAAAAAAUGAAAUAAAGAAAAUGACAAAGAA